GUAUAUAAUGAUAGCUUCGGUAAUUGGCGUUUAUUCCGUACCUCUGCUGCGAAGAAUUCGGCCGCAGCUACAUAAGACGUCAAUGACAUGCGUCAUUGCAAAUUGUACGACAGUUCUGGUACUCAGUUCGGCACUGCCGGUGCUCGCGCGAACCCUUGGAAUUACAACAUUCGAUUUGGUUGGCGCCUAUAGCAGUUUCAUUUGGUUAUCUAAUUUUACACUGGUUUGGACAUACAACGUUGCAUUCGCUAUUGCAACUGUUUUUUGUUUGUUUAAUUAUUUUACGGCUCCUGUCAGACGGGAAAUCAUUCAGAGGUAUGUUAAAGCUCAAUUGUUUUUGGCGUGUUCAGUUCCACUAUACACUGAUAGUCAGUGUGGCCAUCUUAAUAGGUCUUUCUAUUAG